GUGGGGAAAGAGAGAGCCAGAGAGGUGGCAGCAGAUGGACCGCUGCGCAGCCUGAAACCCAGACAGGCAGAAUGUGCCACUGCGUGCGUACAUGCAGUCAAACUGUAACACAGAAGGGACUGAGUGUGGGAUAAUAACUGUAAAGCGGGGAGCGUCUUUCAUGUCCUCUGGAUUGGAUGCUGAGAGCAGUAAUCCUCUUGGGAGGGGGGAAAAAGCUGGCUACAGGAUAGAGAACACAAGGAGGAAGAGUGAACUCUUCUGCUGUUCAGACUUUCUGAGUGGUGCGAGGGCAGGUGCAAGCAGUAUCAUCUAUACAUGAACUUUUGAUCCUGACAAAUGUGAGAGACAGAAGACGGACAUUUUGUUUAUUUAGUUGCACCUUCUUCCUGUUUGUCUCUUUUUUUUCUUCCCCCAUCUGAGAGGAACACAGUGUCCUCUUCCAUAAGUGGAGUUGGGCUUGACAGCUCUGGAAGCGCAGGCAGAGGGACUCUUUAUGGUUGAAGAUGAGUCUGGACCCUAUUCAGGUGAUGAGCGGACAGGUCAAGGAGCUGAAAGUUUCCCCUUCAUCCAAUGGAGACACCAGAGGAUCCUGGGAAGAGAAAGAGGAGUUUGACCCAAACCAGCUGGACCUGACCACCAAAUCAAAGCCGGUGACAGGCAGACGGGCCCGGAAGGUGGAGGGAGCCAUGUUCUUCCCGAAGCCGGAGAACGCAGUGACGGUAGCCGUGUCCUCCCGGGUCUUGUUUCGGACCGAGCGGGAGCAGAAGGUGUUUGAGCAGAAAGGCGUGGAGGAAUAUCUGAGAUACCAAAUUGAGCACGAGAACGAGCCCUUCGCUCCCGGCCCCGCUUUUCCCUUCGUCAAGGCCCUGGAGGCGGUCAACGCUCGUCUGAGGGAGCUGUACCCCCAGAGCGAGGAACUGUUUGACAUCGUCUUGGUGACGUACAACCACGCUCAUGUCGGGAUCCGGCUCAUCAACACCAUCAAUCACCACAACCUAUUUAUCGAGAGGUUUUGUAUGACCGGAGGAAGCAGUCCGAUUGGCUACCUGAAGGCCUGGCAUACCAACCUCUACCUGUCUGCAGACGCUGAGAAGGUCAGGGAGGCGCUGGCCGAAGGCAUCGCAGCAGCAACCAUGUUCAUGAUGGAGAAGGUGUCGGAGGUGUCGGAGUCUCAGCUGAGGGUGGCGUUUGAUGGGGAUGCCGUCCUGUUCUCCGAUGAGUCUGAGCGCAUUUUCAAAACCCACGGGCUGGACAAGUUCUUCGAACAUGAGAGGGAAAACGAGGACAUACUGCUGGACCACGGUCCCCUGAAGGGCUUCCUGGAGGCUCUGGGGAAGCUCCAGAAGAAGUUUUAUGCCAAAGGCCAACGCCUGAACUGCCCCAUCCGCACGUACCUGGUCACAGCCCGGAGCGCGGCCAGCUCAGGGAUCCGUGCGCUGAAGACGCUCAGGGCCUGGGGGCUGGAGAUCGACGAGGCGCUGUUCCUGGCGGGAGCCCCCAAGGGCCCCAUGCUGGAAAAGAUCCGGCCGCACAUCUACUUUGACGAUCAGAUGUUUCACAUUGAGGGAGCAGCAGAGAUGGGCACCGUCGCUGCCCACGUUCCUUAUGGGAUUGCACAGAAACACAACAGCCCUCAGACGCCGAGCGGAGGCAAGUAAAAAGCAACAAAGAAAAAUGUAGGUGUUCAGAUGACGGCGAAAGACAAGAAGCGGUGAAACAUCUUCAAGCAGAGGAGAAACUUGACUUGUACUGUUAAACGUUUGCAAACGCACUAAGGUCAAGGAGAGGUCUGGAACCUGCGGUGACCUGCAAGCCAACAUGACUGUCCCCUAUAAGAUGCAAAGCCUUAGAGUAAUGCUUGCUGGUGAGUUUUAGGAAGCGUUGCCCUGCGUAGAAAAGCCAAUGUUUAACCGCCACUAUAAAUGCACUAUUUUUUCACACUCCUUCUUGUUUUCGUAAAAAGAAAAAAAAAACACCUCUACAGAGAUGCAAUACGUCACUGAUUCCUGCUCAAGUAAACCCCUAUAUUGAAUGUUGUUCAGCAAUAAGCACAUAGAUAUUAUAUACAGGCUAAACAUAUAAUGGAGAUUUAUUGUAGCAAAAGAGUUAUAACAGUUAUGUAAAUCGUUAUAUAAUUUUGAAUUCAGAAAAAUGUGAAAAAAAGCUGUGAACUGAAUACCAAAACAAUGAGAUUGCCAUACGUUUCAGAGGUUGCCUUAAGAGUGGCAGUUUAUUAACCUCCCCUGUUUCAGACAAAAAAAGUACAGUUUUAACCAUUUUAUUUAUGCUAACAAAUGAUACAGUGCCUUGUAAAAGUACUUCUGACCCUUGAACCUUUUCACAUUUUGUCACAUUACAGCCAUCAUCAAUGAGUCUACAGCCAAUUAUCAAUGAAUGAGAAUAUAAAACACCAAUCCCUGGCUUUGGAUUUCUCAUGCAGCAAUAAUGUUCAAUUUAUAAUCCUAAUGUGGAAAGAGUGAGACAUAAAUACCAACAUAUGAUGUCUACUUAAUCCUUAAUCUGACAGGCGGGGCAUAGAGAGCGUUCAUCAGAGGCCCAGCUAAGAGCCCUAUUGCAACUCUGGAGGAGCUGCAGAGAUUCACUGCUCAAUUUAGAGAAUCUAUCAACUAGUAGUCAUAGGCUCCGCAUAGCUUGCAUUUACAGAAGAGUGAGAAAGCCAUAAAAAAACCUCUAAAGCCACAUAGAAGACAACGGGAGAAUUUUAAAAAAUAAAGUGUGGUCAGAUGAACCAAAUAUGUACUUUAAGUCUGACUUUAAAUGCUAUGCGUGAAGGAAAACUAACACUGCCGCUGAGUAGAAUAUCUCCUCUGUGAAACACGGUGGUGGCAGCAUCAUGCUGUGUUGAACGGUUGGUGCACCGUGAAUGGUGCUCGGCCAAUCACAGUAGGCGACCUGGUGAAGGCUGCAGAAUACCUGAGACAGGAGUGGGUGACGACCUUCCAACAGAACAACUAAUCUAAAGAUAAGGCCAGAGUAGAAUAAGUCACAUUAAAGACAUAAAGCUUUUAAAGACAGUCAGACAGACCUGCAGCUUUAAUUUAAAUGAGAGACGGCUUUACAAGUAUUGAUUCUUGCAGGCUGAGUACAUAUUUUUGCCCCCCAGAGCCUUUCCUCCCUUUGGUAUGUGGUUGAAAUGUCACAAAAUGCGAGGAUGUUUGAAGGCUAUGAUUGCUGCUGGAAGACACUGUAAUAUAAUGGACUGCUCUGAAAUGCACUGCAAAUAUUAUGAUGUCUGGGUUUUUUUUAAGGGGCUCUGCAAAAAUGAUUGGUAGGCCCAUAGCUUUAGCCUUGGCUAAAGACCAUAAACACCAUUAAGAAUGUCAAGAUUUCCCG